AUGACAAAGAUAGACAGUAGCUAUGGGAUCGACGGCUGGAGGCUGAGCCAGGGGAUUCUCUUGACUAGGCAGAGCUGGAGACUGAAAAACCUGAGGCAAAUCCACACAGUACAGUGGCAUCAGAAGAGGAGCCAAGGGACUGAAGGGAAACAAUGGAGGCGGGCAGAGGAACUGGCUGAAUUUGGAAGAGGAGGUGGGAGAGGGAGGCUGGGUGUGAUCUCUGGAGACACAGGAGACAGAGCUGGAGGCCAGCUGCAGCUCACUUUCAGCAGUGGGACAGACUGUAAUGCUGGCUCACACACCUGGUCAGAGUUCUUGUCAGGCUUGGGCUCCAGGGCGAUGGUCGGCUCAGUCCAUUCUUAUGCCUCAUUCAUCACAGCAGGCUCGGGCUCCACAUCUGCAGUGGGUGUUCACUCCAUGCAGAGUUGGGUGGAUAGCUUGAUUAUUCCUUUUGUUCAAAUCACUGUGUUUUGUUCCCUAGGGUUUGGUGAUGUGGAACUAAGGAUAUUGGUUAUCGGGAGCAGUGGUUCAUCUCAGUUCCUUCUCACCAACUUCAUUUUGGGAAGGCAGGAGUUCUCCGAGGAUGUUUAUAGCAUUUCAAGCAGCCAGAAAAAUGUGGGAGAGUUUGUAGGAAGACGGGUAGCAGUAGUCAACAGACCGAACCUGUACAACAAAGACCUGUCUAAGUCCAAGAUGAGGAAAGAGAUGAGAAGAUCAAUGUGUUUGACGUCUCCUGGACCUCAUGCCGUACUCAUCGCAUUCGACCUGGAGAAGAUCUCCCCUAAUGACAUGAAGACUCCCAAACUGGUUACGAAUAAAUUUGGGGAGAAUGUUCUCAAUUACACAAUGGUCCUCUUGGUUUACGACGGGCAUCUGAGAGGCAGAGCACUCAACGACAAGGUCAUGCGAACUGACUGGCACCUGCGGGAGCUUGUGGAGCAGUGCAACUGCCGUUAUCACGUCUUCAGUAAGAACUGGAGGAACCGCGCCGGGAGCAGGGAGCUCCUACAUAAGAUCGAGCGGAUGCUGCAGGCAAUGGGCGGACACCAUUACAUUAACCGAUCUUACAAGAGGGCAGAGGACAGCGUCAGAACCGAGGAGAGAAAGCUACGCAAGAAGAGACAGUCUGAGAUCACAAGGACGUGCCGAGAACUGGAGGAACAGUUUCAGGGGGAUGAGCUGCGCUGGCAGAUGGACAACUACAAUGCGAGCGUUGGGGCAGAAAUCAGGGCUAAGGCCGAGCUGCAGAAUAGGUGGCUCAGGACUUCACUGGCUGUGGGACUGGGACUGGGGUUUAUAGCUGGAGCAGCCAUGGGAAUGAUCGUGGGCUCUGUGGAAGGGCCGGGAGGAAUGGUAUUGGGAGGGGCAGUGGGAGGAGUUGUGGGCGGGGCAUCAGGUGCUGCUUCACAGUUGGCCAUUCAACACUUGGAUGAAAGAGUGGGAUCACAUACAGCCAACUUUAAUACAGCUUUUAUUAACCGCUUCUUUCGGGCUCCUCCGGUCUGAAUACAGGUUUUUUUUUUCUUUAAAGUGUGUCCUGAACUGCAAAAAAAUAAUCCCUGCAUCUGAAUAUGCCUACAUCCCUACUAUAUAGAAGGCAGUUUGUGAGAUGCGUAGCAUGUCCCAGUAUUCAUAAAUCAUAUUCAACAACAUUCUUCAAGUGUCUUGGAUAGGUCAAAGUUCCUCUGGAUUCAGUUUCAUCACAGAGAGACUCGAUGAUGGUGAGAUCAGAUCUCUGUGUGGAGCACCGGCUGUUGUCAGACUCCUUGUGCAUAUAAAAAUCUCACUAGGAUUAUUACAAUUAAUGGCAAAAUGAAUGUUUGGAAAUGUAAACUGAUAUUUCCUACUGCACACUACAGCAAAAGAAAUAAAUAACAGGCUGAAACCCAUUUUCUUGGGGUGAAAAUACUGGUGUGCCUAAGACUUUUGCACAAUAUAUGUAUAUUAGAGAGGCACCAAUAUAUCGGCCAAUAAUCGGUAUUUGCCGAUAAAAGCAAAUUUUCACACUGUCGGCUAUCGGCCAAUAGUUCAAAAACAGAUGAUAUCUUCAGCCGAUAUCCUGUCAAUCAAAAGAGGGCAGGAAAAUGCACUUUAUUU